AUGGCAAAUAAUUCAUUUAAAGAUGAAAUUGAUCCUUUAUUGAGAAACGAAGAAAACAACAUAAAACGUGAACAAGACGUAAAUAAACAAAUACUGAACGAAAAUGUUAAAAUGGAAGAAAGUGGUUUAGUGACACAAGUUUCAAUUAAAGAAGAAAUAGACAUGGAAAAUGGUAUAAAUCAAGAAAAUGUGAAUUUGAAGCAAGUAUUGAUCAAGGAGGAAAAAUUAGAAGAAAGUGACUUAAUGGAACAUGAACUAAUUACAACUGAAGAUAAAACUGUUUCAAAAUGUCAAAAAAAUAAAAAAUUUUCAUGUGAUUUUUGUAAUAAAACCUUCAAUCGACGAAGCCAUUUUAUUGUACACAAACGAAUUCACACGGGAGAAAAACCAUUUUCAUGUGAAAUUUGUAAUAAAACCUUCAAUCGAGGCAGUCAUUUAAAAGUACAUACACGUACUCAUACCGGGGAAAAACCAUUUUCAUGUGACAUUUGUGGUAAAUCGUUUUCACAGUCGCAACGUUUAAUUGCCCACAAUCUAAUUCACACGGAAUUUUCCCAUCAAAAUGUUUUAAAUCGACAUAAAAAAUUGCACACGGGAGUGAAACCAUUUUCGUGUGAUUUCUGUGAUAAGAAAUUUUUAUUGGAAAAUCAUUUAAAUGAUCAUCAACGAAUUCAUACUGGUGAGAGACCAUUUUCAUGUGACGUGUGUGAUAAAACAUUUACUCGAAAAACUAUUUUAACUGUUCACAAAAAACGUUAUCAUACGAGAGAAGAACCAUUUUCUUGUGAAGUUUGUGGUAAAAAAUUUAAUCAACUAAGUAGUUUCAAUAAACAUAAAAGGACUCACAUCAAGGACGAUCUUAGCAAUGAAGUAUUUGAAGAAGAAAAUGUUCGAAUUAAAGAAGAAAUCGAUUUUGAGCCGGUAUUGAUUAAAGAGGAAAUAUUAGAAGACGAUAAGGAAUGAUUUCUGCAUUUUAAAUGAGUAAUUUACGUGUUAAAUUUAUUUUGGGCUGGGGCUAAAUUUAUUUAGUCUGGGACUAUUCGUACACUGCGGAUAAUCUGCUUGUAUGUAAUAUCAUCUGAUUUUUUUUAGC